AUGGAAAAUGAAUCUUUACCCAUUCUCUUAGUCACCGCUAACGUGGGAAGUGUUUUCGAAGAUCCCUCCAAUUUGCUACAUCUAUGGAUAAGAGAAUUCCUUAAUCAUGUUGCUGAACGACAACCAGCAUUCCUCGCGCUCCAUCUGCAAGAGGUCGGCGGCAAGACGUAUGAAAAGUCGAUGGAAUAUGUACAAGAGUUUAUAAAGCAGCUAUGUGAAUCAGAAGAGCUAUGUAACUAUAAUCGUAUCCGUGUAUAUUUGGAUGAAGAUUACAACUCAGCAGAACACUUCACGGCCUUGGGAAAUUUGUAUUUCGUACAUAGCUCCAUCAACUAUGUAUCGAUGUGGAACUUUCUCACUCACGAAUGGGAUUCUGUCGAAGGCAAAAAUAUACAUACGGGUAGUAUCGAAACAGUAGCCACUAAAGAAAAGGCGAAAUUCCCUCAACAAUUUUUUCCCGAGUGCAAAUGGUCUCGAAAGGGGUUUCUGCGUACUCGUUGGUUUCUAAAUGGGACCGUGUUUGAUCUGGUCAACAUUCACCUUUUCCAUGAUGCUUCUAAUUUAGAAGCUUGUGAAGAAUACCCAUCCGUAUAUUGUAAGAGCCGCCGUCGAGCUCUUGUACACACACUGGAACGAUUCCAUAAAGAUACAGUUAACCGACCAGUGCCAUAUUUUGUUUUUGGUGAUUUUAACUUCCGUUGUGAUACCGAGGGAGUAAUUAAGAAACUUACCGAAGAUCUCACAAUGCAUCGGGUACAUAAUACAAAAAACGAUAGUACAAAAGUGCAAUAUCGAGACUCGGCGGGAAGUAACGUAUUGACCGUGGGGAAAAAAGAAUUUUUUCAUUGCGAUCAAAGCACGUUCAAAGAAAAUUGGUUACGCCAGUUUGACCGUGAGCUAGAUUCACUUCGAAGUAUACUGUAUGAAUAUCCCAUCACUUUUCCACCCUCCUAUCCAUUCGAGGAAGAUCCCUCACAGCCGGACGCAUACAUGGCGACCCGCUGUCCGGCGUGGUGUGAUCGGAUACUGAUCAGCCCUGCGGCCCGCAAACUUAUAAGUGACGAACGAGCUUUUGCUGGCACUGGCCUAAGCAACAACCAAAGUGAUAAAAACCCUGGCGCAGUCAUCGCGGUCAACUAUGGUAUUAUUGGAGAAAACGUGUGCAUGGGUGAUCAUAAGCCGGUUUUUCUCAGCAUCAAAAUCAAGACGAGUCAAGGUAUUUUAGACAACUGUUGCUGUGAUACGCAUGCGCCUACAACACUACGUGUUGACCACCCUAUUCAUAAUAACAGUACAAGUAGUGAUAGUAGUAGUAAUAAUCGUACCAUUGUAGUCAGCCUGGAUGGUAGUUUUGGUAGCUGCGAGAGUGACGAACGAACUGAGGUGUGCAUAAGGGCAAGGGCAGCAGGACAUGGUCGUCAGCUAGCUUCGAUUGCAGUUGAUUGUAGACGCGAAAAUGAUAAAAGCACUAGUGCUACCAUUAUACCGAUUCCCUCGAUCGAUGAAGAUGGCAAUGUCACCUGCUAUCAUCAGCUCCACCACCCGUCCGCAUGUCUAGGAUGUUUAGGUAACAUUGAACAGAUUCUUAAUGAUUCAAUCAAGCCAUCAUUACCGAAAAAGAAUCAAAACUUGCAACAAAUGCAACAGGAUGUUGUCGAAUGUAACGAUCGUUCGUCGUUGCCCAGCAUGGUAUGUUCACCUGCAGCACGUUUCAAUGAUCAUCAGCCACUGGUUAGUAUAAAUGUGUAUGAUACCGAUAGUAAUCUCAAUGUGUGCAUGUGCGCACUGUACAAUGAAACAAAGAAUCACAACAAAUCUGCUGCAGGAAACGAUACUGGAUUCAUCGAUGAUGCGAACGUUCCAACGACAAAGAUAUGUCCGAACUGUCGGAACAUCAUUAAACAUCAACCGGUUCAGCACCGGAAAACGCUCAUCUCACGUCGGAUGAUGCUAGCCAAUGAUGUGGUCGUGAACCGAAUUGACACACACUACCUCAAUACCUAUGCAGUAUCGUUGGCCGGACAGGGUGGCAACGGCGGAACUGGCCAGCAUCACUUUGAACCUUACACUCCGGAAAGUGCAGAAUCUCACUCGCCCCUCCCCGAAUCGUAUGACAUCCCCAACAAGACUAUUCAAACUAUAAACAGCAAUAACAAUCAGGAAGUAGAUGCCAGUGGACAAGUGGUACUUGUGGAACUGGGACAGGAUGUAGCUGCAUCCAUGUUUGUUGUCGCAGAUGAACCGUUCGAGUUGGACAUAGUCCAUCGUUCAAAUGAACGUUUGAUGGUCGAACAGACAGAUUCGUCAGUAACCCCGUCAUCGAAGGAUCUAUCGAACGCCAUUGCGGAAACGCCAGGCGCAUCCACCGCGGGUGUCAAUUUGUUGCCACCGUCUUCGUCGAGUAUUCGUCAAAAUUCCGGCUGCCAAGACAGUGGCUUUGUUGGUGGUGUUUCUCCAAAACAGCUCAAGUCCCGCUUGGAGAAGCUGAAGCAGUUGGCCGAUGAGCGGCGUAAGAAGUACGGCGAAUGGACCCGCAGUCUUUCACAAUCGGAUACCUGCAAAAGCGUUCAUAGUAGUAGUGGCACGUUAAUUGUGCCGAUACUGUCGGUAAAUGGGGAAAGCGAUGUAGCAGGUCCCCGGGAAAUGGCUGUAGGGACUACCAGCAGGGGAACCAUGGCCAUAGCUGCCAACUCGCGGCCACACACCAGGGAGCCGACCGAUCAGGUGGCCGCAACUAUUACGAUGAGCCGUGAAUCUGUUUUGGUUAGCUGUUGCCGUGGCAUGUGUGCGAUACUAUAA